GUGAGCGCGCCCGGCCCUCCCAGCAGCCUCCGCGCGCAGCCCUGCGGGGAUUGUGGCCCGACCCGGCAGCGGUUCCCUCCGUUCGGGCAUCGCUGUGCCUCGGGUUCGCGCCCCGAGUGAGCAGUCCUGGCCCGGAGCGUCGGUCCUGGUAAUCCGUAGGAAAAGCACUGCGGCCCAGGGGGUAAGGAGAGAUCAGCCUCUGUGGACUCCGUGCUUCUCCUGGCAAGUAAACCCCAAGGAGGACUGACCAGUUUUUGAAUUUCUAUACCAUGGCCCUUCGAUCAGUGAUGUUCAGUGAUGUAUCCAUAGACUUCUCUCCGGAAGAGUGGGAAUACCUGGACUUGGAACAGAAGGACUUGUACAGAGAUGUGAUGUUGGAGAACUACAGCAACUUGGUCUCAUUGGGAUGCUUCAUUUCUAAACCAGAUGUGAUUUCCUUAUUGGAGCAAGGAAAAGAGCCUUGGAAAGUUGUGAGGAAAGGAAGAAGACAAUAUCCAGAUUUGGAGACCAAGUAUGAGACCAAGAAGUUAUCUUUAGAAAAUGACAUUUAUGAAAUAAAUUUAUCCCAGUGGAAGAUAAUGGAAAGAGUUGAAAACCAUGGCCUUAAGGGUCUCAUUUUAAAAAAUGAUUGGGAAUCCACAGGAAAAGUUGAAGGACAAGAGAGACCUCAAGAAGCAUACUUCAGUAGUGUGAAAAUGCCAUCUGAAAAGGUGUCCUCUUACCAGAAACGCACAUCUGUUACUCCACAUCAGAGACUUCAUUUUGUCGAUAAACCCUAUGAAUGUAAGGAAUGUGGGAAGGCGUUCAGAGUGCGCCAACAGCUUACUUUUCAUCACAGAAUUCAUACUGGUGAAAAACCCUAUGAAUGUAAGGAAUGUGGGAUGGCCUUCAGACAGACUGCACACCUUACUCGACAUCAGAGACUUCAUUCUGGUGAAAAACUCUAUGAAUGUAAGGAAUGUGGGGAAGCUUUCAUAUGUGGUGCAGAUCUUAGAGUACAUCAGAAAAUGCAUAUUGGUGAGAAGCCCUAUGAAUGUAAAGAAUGUGGGAAGGCUUUUAGGGUACGAGGACAACUUACUCUGCAUCAGAGGAUUCAUACUGGUGAGAAACCCUAUGUGUGUAAAGAGUGUGGAAAGGCCUUUAGACAGUACGCACACCUGACUCGGCAUCAGAAGCUUAAUAGUGCUGACAGGCUCUAUGAAUGCAAAGAAUGUGGGAAGGCCUUUUUGUGUGGCUCUGGUCUUAGAGUACAUCACAAACUUCAUACUGGUGAGAAACCCUAUGAAUGUAAGGAAUGCGGGAAGGCCUUUAGAGUGCGACAACAACUAACACUCCAUCAGAGAAUUCAUACUGGUGAGAAACCCUAUGAAUGUAAGGAAUGUGGAAAGACCUUUAGCCGUGGUUAUCAUCUUAUUCUCCAUCACAGAAUUCAUACUGGUGAAAAACCUUACGAAUGUAAGGAAUGCUGGAAAGCCUUUAGUCGCUACUCACAACUUAUUUCACAUCAGAGUAUUCAUAUUGGUGUUAAGCCCUAUGACUGUAAGGAAUGCGGGAAGGCCUUCAGACUACUUUCACAACUCACACAGCAUCAGAGUAUUCAUAUUGGUGAGAAACCUUAUAAAUGUAAGGAAUGUGGCAAGGCCUUUAGAUUGCGCCAAAAACUUACUCUACAUCAGAGCAUUCAUACUGGUGAAAAACCGUUUGAGUGUAAGGAAUGUAGGAAGGCCUUUAGACUUAAUUCAUCCCUUAUUCAACAUCUGAGAAUUCAUUCUGGUGAGAAACCCUAUGAAUGUAAGGAAUGUAAGAAGGCCUUUAGGCAACAUUCCCACCUUACUCAUCAUCUGAAAAUUCAUAAUGUAAAAAUCUAAGAAAGUCUUUUCAACUUCUGUGUUAUAGAACAUUCUAUGAAUGUAGUAAUUAAUCUCUUUUGCUCCAUACAUGCAACUGACUUGGCAUUAGAGGUUUUAUACCAUUAAAAGAGUGUGAUAAUGUAUUGUAUUCCAUCAUCACUCAAACCUGAAACUUCAGCACAUUUGUUCUAAAAACUAAUCCUGUUACAAGAAUGAGAAAGACAUUUACCAUCAUCCCUAUCCCAUCACUUUGUGUCAUACUGGACAAGAGGCUUAACUGCUCUGUGCUAUAAUUUUUUAAUUUAUGACAUGGUCGUAUAAGAGUGCAGCAAUGUGACACUCUUUCAAUCAAGAGGUGGAAUUUACAUCCCUCUGUUGUAUACAGGCAGACUCUGUGACUGCUUCGCCCAGUAGAAUAUGGUAGACGUACUGCUGUGCUGGUUUCUUGACUCAGACUUUACUGGUAGGGUUACUUCAUCUCAUGAAAUGGGAGAACUGUCUUGUUACAAAGUCUGGCUACUUUGCUGAAGAGACCACAUGAAGAGGCCCUGAAACUACGUAGAGAGGGAGAGGCACCUGCUGAACCCUGUCUUCUUGACAUCCACCAAGAUACCAGACAUUUGAGUGAAAUUUUGGAUCCACCAGACCAGCCACCAGCUAAAUGCCAGUGAGUGACUUGGUAACGUGAACCGAUGCCAUGUAGAAUGGAAGAAUUGACCAGCUGAGCCCCUGCCCAAAUUUCUGACCCACAAAAACAUGAGAUAUAAUAAAAUGGUUGUUGUUUUAAGCCACUAAACUUCCUUUUAUUAUCAUACUUAAUAUUUCUUUUUAGAUAAUUCAUACUAAAAGCUAUGGGCAUAAUGAAUAUAGAAAUGCCUUCCACCAACAUUUAACCUUAAUUGAACUUGAGAUAUCUUAUUCUCAUUAAAAUAUUGAAAGUAAGGAAUUCCUUUCCAGUUUGUUCAUUAAAAAACAGAUAUCCUAGACCAGGUGAGGUGGCCCAUGCCUGUAAAUCCAGCACUUUGGGAGGCCAAGGAAGGACGAUUGCUUGAGGCCAGAAGUUCGAGACCAGCCUGUGCAACGUCAUGAGACCCUGUCUCUACCAAAAAACUUUAAACAUUAGCUGGGCAUAGUGGUGCAUGCCUGUAUUCCUAGCUACUCGGGAGGCUGAGGUGGGAGGAUCAUUUGAACCCAAGAGUUGAGGCUUCAGUGAGCUGUGGUUGUACCACUGCACUCCAGCUUGAGUGACAGAGCAAGACCCUGUCUCAAAAAAAAAAAAAAAAAAAAUCUACAAUCAGCAUUCUCUGGCCCCAGUCAGUAUUAAAAAUUGACAAAGGAUAACAUGAAACUUUGGAAAUUAAAAGUCACCUGGAUUAUAAAGCCCCAUUAAUUUUUUUAAUUACUUCAUUGUAGUUUUUUAAAAAUGCUAAAUUGUGAAUUUAGCAUUUUGAGGCAGUCCCCUCAAAUUGGCUCCUAUGUCCUUUUAUCAUGACCACUCCAACCUUUGAGCUUUUUUUUCCUGAACCAAAUGCAUUGAUUAGUUAUGGAGCAUACUAGAGCAUUAUUAACAAAUAAAGGAAAAGAAUGGAGUAUUUACCUUGCCUAUCCUUUACAAACUAUAUUUCAAGACAACCAAAAGUUGGUGAAGGAAAGUUGUUUAUUAUUAGAGAAUUCCAACUGGUUAAAAGGUCAAAGGAGGCCAGGCGCGGUGGCUCACGCCUGUAAUCCCAGCACUUUGGGAGGCCGAGGCGGGUGGAUCAUGAGGUCAGGAGAUCGAGACCAUCCUGGCUAACACGGUGAAACCCCAUCUCUACUAAAAAUACAAAAAAUUAGCCGGACGUGGUGGCAGGCACCUGUAAUCCCAGCUACUCAGGAGGCUGAGGCAGGAGAAUGGCGUGAACCCGGGAGGCGGAGCUUACAGUGAGCCGAGAUCGCGCCACUGCACUCCAGCCUGGGCGACAGACCGAGACUCCAUCUCAAACAAAAAACAAAAAAACAGAACAAAACAAAGGUCAAAUAAAUGAUAGAAUUUGAAAACUACACUCUUUAAUUUUACAAAA